AUGCCGAUGCCCAACUCUCGUCGCAAUGCUAAUCGUGCUCGAUGCCGAUUUACUACUUGUGAUAAGUUUGCUCAGACACGAGGUUUGUGUAAGGCUCACGGCGGUGGCUCUCGCUGCCGCGAUUUGCAUUGCAAUAAGCUUGCGCAGAGUCGCGGUUUGUGCAUUGCCCAUGGUGGUGGUCGACUUUGCCAGUCCGAAGGGUGCAAGAAGUUGGCGCAGUCAAAAGGCUUUUGCAUUUCCCACGGCGGUGGCCGCCGCUGUAUUAUCGUAAACUGCGAAAAGUUUUCACAAGUCAAGGGUCGCUGCAAGCUCCAUUCCAAGCUCGUGACAGCUGAAGUGUAUUCAUCUCAUGGUAUCAGGACACCACCAAGUUCUUUUGGCGACUCAGUCAUCUCUCCUAUCAGUACCAAGCUCUCAAUUGACUUUCUAGUAAACCCGUUAUCGCACACUUCUUUCAUUGGUGACAAGGUGCCGACUGAAAAGACAACACAAGUGUCUACCCUACGCCCUAGAAUGCAGCUCGCUUCUUCAUCUACUGCGUUUGGUAUGAUCUGCCAACCUCAACUUGACAAACAAGUACUCGGCAACCAGCGGUCACUUCUGUCGUUUCUUCAACCAUCUGAAAGGUUUACAUCUGACUCAUAUGCCUCUCACGAUGUUGCUGCGUCAGAAGACUAUCUGUUACCAAAUAUGCCGCCGCCUACGAUGUAUCGCUGA